UCAUCUGGACUCACAGCUGUGAAAAUGGAGGCUAACAUGUUGGACACAAGCAAGCCCUUAUCAUCAGAAGGCGAUAACUUGCUUCUGGACUCAGACCUGUAUGAUGCAGACGGCUUUGACAACCCAGACCCUGGGCUGCUGUCAGAAAAGAAUGAGCUGUGUUCCCUGGAGCAGUCGCAGGGCCUGCAGCUUUUCACCAGCACCCAGCGGUGGCAAAACGUGCCCCUGUGUACCCGCGCCCACCAGCUGUGGCUGCUCAUUCGUACUGGCCUCCAUAAUGUUGUGGAAAAGGAAAAGAGAGCUGAGCUGCGCGUUGCUCGCUUGACACAUGGGCUGGAGCCACUGCGCCGCCUGGAGGUGCCAGCUGGGCUGCGAUCCGUGGCACAAGACCCAGUGGGAGGACAUUUUGUGGUGCUGGAUGGGGCAGGUUGCCUGCACCUGCAUAAAAAGGAUGGCUGGGCUCAGGAGACGCUGCUGGCCCCUGUGGCACUUACUGGUCUGGUAGCUGUGCUGGGCCCUCUGGGAGCGGUGGGUCGCUUUGUAGGCUGGGGCCCCACAGGGCUGGCCAUACUAAGGCCAGACCUCAGCCUGCUGUGGUUGAGCCCGCCCGAGGUGGGUAGGGUGCUAGGCCGUGAGCCCACUUGCUGCCUGCCGGUGCCCAGCCUGGGGCUGCUGCUUGUGGCUGAGGUGGGCGGCAGCCUGGCUCUCUUCAAGUUCCGCUCAGGUGGUCGCCGCCUGGUGCUGCGUGGCUUACCCCUGCAGCCACCACCAGGCCUGGCGGGCACACUCGAGCGUCUGGCUCUGGGGCCAGGGUCUACCCAGCAAGACACACACUGCUUCGCAGCCUACGGCUCAGCUGUGCUCACCUUGGAUCUACAAGCCUGGAAUCUCACAGAUGUGCGCCAAAAUCUGCACGAAACCACCAUCUCUGACCUGGCCUACUUCGAGGAGGCAAAGGCCAUGGUAACGUCUUCCCAAGACAGUACGGUGAAGGUGUGGGAGGUUAACUGGCAGAUCCGCCUGGUGUUCGCGGGUCACACAGGCCCGGUGACAGCAAUGGUCAUUCUCCCGAACACCACCCGAGUGUCUUCCGCCUCUCAGGAUGGAACGUUGCGCACGUGGGACCUGCAGGCGGAGGCGCAGGUGGGAGAGGUGGCGCUGUGCUCCUGGGGCCAGGACGUGCUGUCCGCGCGCGUGAGCCGUUUGCUGGCACCUGCGGCCCGGGGCUGGCCGGUGCUCUCUCUCUGCGCGAGCAGCGUGGAGCUUUGGCGCCUGAGCGAGCUCUACUCGCCGUUGGCGCAGCUGCCCGCGCCCGUGCUCUACCUCCAGGUGGCGCCUGCGCUACCAGCGCCCGUGAACCCAUCUCUGCCCGCGCGCCUCGUAUGCGCUUGUGUGGAUGGCUCCGUCUACCUGGUGUCAGCUGCAACAGGGAGAACAGUGAGCGCACUGCUGCUCGAGGCCGAGGACUGCGCGGUUGCGGUGGCCUACUGCCUUCCGCGCGAGGCCCUGUGGCUGCUGACGCGCACAGGACACCUGGUGCGCGCCAACGCAGCAUGCUGCCCCAUGAGCGUGCUGCAUCGUGUGUGCCCGCCACCGCCCCCGGCGCCACAGCCCUGUUGCUUGCACUUGUACAGCCACCUCACAGACCCCGGUAGCGCGUUAGCCUGCUGGGAGAUCGUGCGCCAGAACAAGGGCGAUCUGCGCCGCAGCGCCAUGGCCUGGGCUUGGAAGAACAAGAACCGGUACCUGCCAGUGAUAGGGCAUACAGAUGGCGCACUCUCGGUGCUUGAUUGGCUCUCCUCGAAAACUGUGUUCCAUACAGAGGCGCACAGCCCAGGCCCUGUUACCGCCAUUGCGUCCACCUGGAACAGCAUCGUUUCUUCGGGUGGAGAUCUGACCGUGAAGAUGUGGCGUGUCUUCCCCUAUGCAGAGGAGAGCCUGAGCCUGCUGCGCACCUUCUCCUGCUGCCACCCAGUUGUGGUGCUUUGUGCUCUGGGUAAACGCAUCACUGUAGGCUUUGAGGACCCAAAUAGUGCCACCUAUGGCCUGGUGCAGUUUGGCUUGGGUGAGGGCCGGCGCUGUGACCACCGGCCCCAGGAUGAUCCCAUGGACCACAUCACUGGCUUGUGCUGCUGCCCCACACUCAAGCUGUAUGCCUGCUCCAGCCUGGACUGCACCAUCCGCAUCUGGACCUCUGAGAACCGCCUUCUGCGGCUCCUGCAGCUGGACGGUUCCCCUCAGGCCCUGGCCUUCUCCAGCAACAGUGGAGACCUGGUGCUGGCACUGGGUUCCCGUCUCUGCCUAGUCUCCCACAGGCUCUAUCUGCCCACAGCCUACCUAGUUAAGAACCUGUGCCAGAAGGCUCCUGACGUGGUGGAUGACCCUCCAUUGCCACUGACCAGCCACGAGUCACUGACCUCCAUCCAGAUACAAAGGCUCACCAACCUGCAUGGGGCAUUCAGUCUCAAGUCUUCUGGCAGGUCUCAGCUGUCCUUGAGACUCCCAUUUAGCCCCUGGGGUCAGGGCCUGACUGUGUGCCCCCUGCAUGAGGACUCAGGACUCCUGGACUGCUCAGAGGCUGCCACAUCCAUCCCAGCCCUGCCAUUCCCUCUCCUGGCUGGUCCUUGUCCUGCUUUCUGCCCUGUCCUACUGGACUGUAUCUCACCUGUGCUUUUCCCUUUCUGCAGCCCGGCCCUGCUCUCCACCCGUCGCCAGACAGCAACACCUCAGCAGCUAGUGAUGAAGGAGGACUUGGAGGCCAUAAUGGCCCGUGACCAAGACCUUCAGGAGUUGAGGCUGGGACAGGUCAUCCCAGCAGCCCGGCCCCCACCCUCCUGGAAGCAGCGCCAGGAAGCCUUUGACAAUUACCUACGUUUGAUCUAUGGCCCUGGACUAUUGGACAUGCAGUUCAAAAGGGAGCCCCAGCAGGGGAGCAUCAUGACCCUCACCACAGAAAGAGAGCUCCAAGACAAGACAUGUGUACCCCGUCCAGAACUGCCUCCUGCUUUGGGCAGGCUACCAUCAGCAGUGAGGCCCAGACAGUACCCAAAGCCCUUCUCCACCCCCAGACCCCAGGGGCCCCAGGCCAGCGUUUUGUUUUGCCCACCCCGCCCCCAAGUGAUCUUGCCCAUUCCACCCACCACCAGAAGGUCCACAGCAAAGUGUCCAAGAAUCCCCCUGACUCCUUGGCUGCCUCAGCUUCUUGCCUGCUCUUCCCUGAGCUGUGACUUGGGCCUCAGUCUGGAUCUGCAGAUGCAGCUGGAGCAGCUCAGAGAGGAGAUGACCAUGGCCUUGGACCCACCGUCGUCCCAUCUCCAGGUCCCACUUUGGCUGCAGAAACAGCCCAAGGAUCCUCUCUCAAAUCUCAAGGGCUUCUUUCCUGCCACUGUGCAGUCCCACAAGUACUGCCCACGACCCAUCAGCUUCCCCGGCUGUGUGCCCAACUCCGUGGCACUUCAGCAGAUGUGGCCGUCCACAGAGAUCAGCUGUCUCAGACCCCUGACCACGCUCGCCUCCUAUACUGAGAACAGACUCAAGCCAGAUGCAAGCCUGGAUGACCUAUGGCUACAGCGCCACAGGUGGUCCAAGUGGCACAGUAGGCUGAUGCAGUGGCUUCAUGGGAAGUCUGAGAAGGAAGAGGAAGAAGAGGAGGAGGAGGAGAAGGAACUGAAAAUAGACUGGAUCUCAGCUUCUCUGAGUUCACCCAGGAUGUAUUCUGACCAACAGUUAGAUUACUGGGAGGCAGAGGCUGGGAGCGCCAUGGACUUGAUUGGCGAGUCCCAGAGCUUCCAUGAGGCCCCCAGGACCAAAAUCUACUUUGGCUCCCAGUACCACCAGGGGCAUUCACUCUGGGAAGAGCGCUAUGGGCAUCUGCCCAGGUUCCUGCACUCUUUCGUCAUCCAGAACUGGUUCAAAAAGCUGUUCCCCAUCUUCACCCUGGAGGCCUACCCUGAGAUGGGCACAGUGGAGGGCCUGGCCUCCAUGUUGGUGGACCUGCUGGCAGAGGCCAUCUGGGAAGACCGUGUGCAUAUCCUAAAUGCACUGCUGAGACUGCUGCCUGAUGUGAGCAGUGACCUCCACAGUCGGCUGCAGAGCAACCUCUUGCACUUGCUCAACUUGGACAACCCCCCCAGCCUCCAGGACCACAUUCAGAAGCAGUUUGUGAUGCUGGCACUGCAGCUGCUGCUGGCCUGCUCCCUGGAUUCCCGUGAUGUGGUGCUAGAGCUCAUGUCCUACUUCCUCUACUCUCCAGCUUCCGACCGGCCAGAGCUCAAGAAGCUGCUGAAUGGUCUGGGCCUUCGGGACCCAGAGGGCUUCCUGUUCAAGGAGAUGAUGACCUGGGUCCAGGGCUCCAAGCUUAAUUCCAAGGCCAAGCUGCGCUUAUACUGCUGCCAGAAGCUGGAGGGCAUGAUCCAGCAGCUGAAGAUGGAAACUUUACAGCCAUCUACAGCUCAGUUGUCAAUGGUGCUGCCCAAAGGCUCUGAUACCUGGCCGCCUUCCUUUCCUCCCAGGGAGGACCAGUCACAGGCUUCAGCAGUCUCAGGGGCUCCUUCGAGCAUCUUCUGGCCGCAAGCCUCUCAGGCGCUCCUCCAUGUCCUGGAGCCUCCCUUGCUUGUGGUGUCCCCCACAGAAUCUAAAGCUGGAUCCCCAGAGCCCCAGGCUCACUUUUACACUGGGCAGACCAGGCGGUCGCUCUCAGAGACGCUGAAGAGCUUCUGCUCGGUGCCUGAGCCCUCCAUGCCCACUGCACCACAUGGCCUGCCACAGCCGCUGGAAAACACCGACUGGUCGAAAUGGCAGAUGCUGGACCUGGGCUACGUCGAUGCACUCAACCACUUCUGCGAGCAGCAUCAAGUACAGCAGCAGAGUUUGAUCCAGAAGGAAACCGAACAGCCACCCUGCUCUGCAUCCCUGCGCCCUCCUGUGCCUAACACUGUGGUGGCGCCACCCAGGGAUCAAGGGCACUACCCCAUACUUAGACUGCAGGAAGCCAAGGCUCGGAGCUCUGGGAUGAGAAUGAAGGGCCGUGUGAUGUCACAUCUCAGCACCCACUGUGCCCGUUCACUGGACCGUUCCAUCCGGGUGCUAAAGCUGCCCCUGCCGAGAGUGGAGCUGCAGCCCUUCCCCCCAGGCUGGCCCGCACCCCCUCGUGCCCUGCCCCCGUUGCUCCUGCAGCCCACCCUGCAGCGCUACUUUCUGCCCGAAGAUGCGGAUCCUGACAGCUACAGCUGACCUGGCAGGCACGGUGGGUCCUGUGUCUCAAUCCCGCCAAGUUGAAUUGCAACAACACUUGUGUCUUCUAUGUUCCCUGGCAUAGGCCUGCAUCUAGAAUAAAGUCCAGAGGCUUUGGCAA